AUGCGAGAUGCGCAUCAAAGUUUGCUUGCAACACGUGUACGUACUUAUGAUUUGAGAAAGUCCUCUCCCUUUGUUGCAAAACAUUUUCCUCAGUUUUAUUCAUUAGAAAAUUGGGGAGGUGCCACAUUCGAUGUUUGUAUGCGAUUUUUACACGAAUGUCCAUGGAAUCGUUUGGCUGAAUUACGUGAAUUGAUUCCAAAUAUUCCAUUUCAAAUGUUACUUCGAGGAGCGAAUGCUGUUGGUUAUUCAAAUUAUUCUGACAAUGUUAUUGAAAAAUUUUGUCAACUGUCUGUGGAUUAUGGUAUUGAUAUAUUUCGUGUAUUUGAUUCACUCAACUACCUACCAAAUUUAAAAGUGGGAAUGGAAGCUGUUGGAAAAGCAAAUGGUGUUAUUGAGGCAGCUAUUUGUUAUACUGGCGAUGUAUCCGAUCCAAAUCGAAAAAAAUAUGAUUUAAAUUAUUAUACGAAAUUAGUUGAUGAAUUAGUUAAAAUGGGUACACAUGUUUUAGCAAUUAAAGACAUGGCCGGUCUAUUAAAACCAAGAGCAACAACAUUAUUAGUUGACAGUAUUCGACAAAAACAUCCAGAUUUACCUAUUCAUAUUCAUACACAUGAUACUGCUGGUACGGGAGUAGCGAAUUAUUUGGCAGCAUUUGAAGCAGGAGCGGAUGUUGUUGAUGUUGCUGUUGAUUCGAUGAGUGGCAUGACAUCUCAGCCAACGAUGGGUGGAUUAGUAGCUGCAUUACAAAAUACAAAACAUGAUACGGGUGUUGAUCUUUUAAAAGUAAAUGAAUAUUCUGCAUUUUGGGAACAAACACGUCUUUUAUAUGCACCAUUUGAAUGUACAGCAACGAUGAAGAGCGGUAACGCUGAUGUUUAUGUUAAUGAGAUACCUGGUGGGCAAUAUACAAAUUUACAAUUUCAAGCUUUCAGUCUUGGUCUCGGAACACAAUUUGAAGAUGUUAAGCGUGCUUACACUGAAGCUAAUAAGUUGUUAGGUGAUAUAGUUAAAGUUACGCCAUCAUCCAAAAUUGUAGGAGAUCUUGCACAAUUUAUGGUACAAAAUAAACUUUCAUCUAAAGAACUUGUGGAACGUGUUGAUGAUUUAUCAUUUCCCUCAUCUGUUAUUGAAUAUAUGCAAGGAUUAAUUGGUCAACCGCCUGGCGGUUUUCCCGAACCAUUACGAACAAAAAUUUUGAAAGGUAAAGAAAAAUAUGAUGAACGACCAGGCUCGUCUUUAGAACCACUAGAUUUUAAAAAAAUUGAAAAUGAAUUAAAGAAAAAGUUUGGCGAAGAAGAAAUACAAGAGUGUGAUGUCAUGAGUUAUGUUAUGUUUCCAAAAGUAUUAGAAGAAUAUAUUGAAUUUAGAAAAUCUUAUGGACCCGUUGAUUGUUAUGAGACAAGAAUAUUUUUUGUUGGACCUAAACUUGGUGAACCAAUUGAAAUUGAAAUUGAACAUGGAAAAACGUUACACAUUGUUGUUUUGGCAAUAAGUGACCUUUUACGUCAAUCUGGUGAACGAGAAGUAUUCUUUCAAGUAAAUGGUCAAUUACGUUCAAUGAAAGUAAAAGAUACUGCUGCGUCUAAAGAUCAUAAAGUGCAUCCAAAAGUUGAUAAGAAUAAGAAAGAACAAAUUGGGGCUCCUAUGCCGGGUCAAGUGCUUGACGUUAAAGUCAAAGAAGGCGAUCAGAUCGAGAAAGGACAAACACUGUUGGUAUUAAGCGCAAUGAAGAUGGAAACCGUUGUUAAAUCAACUCUAAGUGGAAAAAUUAAAAAAGUACAUGUAACAAGUGGACAACAAGUACAAGGAGAUGAUUUAAUUAUUGAAUUAGAAUUAACAUAG